AUGGAGACUCCCGCGUUCAUCCGGGUCAAGAGAAGGAGAGAUGAGGACUCGGUUCAACGACUGUUGAUCGAUGAAGGAAGAAAAAUCAAGAGAGGAAGGUUCUUAUUCAAGUUGACCAGGACUGUGGAUCAUGAGAAUUAUGAGUCGUCAAAAGAGGAACCUACUCCACUACUGAAGCUGGCUGAAGAGAGACGUCAUUUCGUGUUAGAACAGAAGAAGCGCCGUCGAUCAUCCGACGAUCAUGGCCCCAAGGAAAGCAGUACUACCGAGCAAGAUGCCCUGCCCGCAGAGAUCAGUGAAAUGAUCCAGAAUCAUCUUAAGCUGAACGAAACUACUCAGGAAAACUCUCAACGUAAGAGAAAGCCCAGUAAAAAGCAUUUUGCCGGUAAAAUCUUAACUAUCCCCAGUCUGGACUACGUCUAUGACAUAUACCAUCUAGAGAAAGUGCCUGAAAAAGAGUUCGACAGUUAUAAAGACGCCAAUGAUGUAGGGUUUGUCAAGAUUAUCGAUAGCAACAUAGAUCUAAUCCCAGACGAAGAAAGUGACUCAAUAGACAAAGUACGAUCCGAUGACGAGGACUCUAAUGAGGAGAGCUACUAUCAAAACGACUAUCCGGAAGAUGAGGACGACGAUCGAUCAAUCCUUUUCGGAGGUGAAGAAGACGCAACAGAAGCACAAGAUACAACUCUGGAGGGACAAACAGACAGCUUCAACGCCCUAUUCGACCUACUAGGCGAUAAUCACAAUGUCCUGGGCUCAUUGAAUUCUGGAAAUUUCGUCGACCUCGAUGAAGAUUACAAUGACACAAUAGAAGGUGCACCCUACUAUGAUGAAGAUCCAGAGGACCCUGACGAAGAUCCACUGAAAGCUCAUCGAGACAGAAUAUUUGGACAACUGCAAAGAAUGAUAGACGAUAAUUGA